CCAUCUCUGAGCUAUCUUUUCAAUUUAGUUAACACAACAGCCCACAACCAAACUCCAAGAAAAAAAAAACAACAAACCAACAAAAAAUCCCCCAAACAAACAAACAAACAAAAAAUAAACCAAAUAAAACCCCAACCUUUUUAACCCUGCUCUGGUUUACUACAUGGCCCUGUGAAUCAUCUUUCUGGAUUAGGAACAGGCAAGGGAAGGCUAAGGAAGAAAUACUUCACCAGUUCAUUCAGACAGAAAAGGACUUUCAACAAUGGCUCAGAAAGGAAGGCCAUGAGACCAAAAUAAACAUUCACUGCAUGUUUAGACUCUGGCAACACCCAGUCCCAGUCCCAUCGUGUCAAGACAUUAACCCAAAUGACUAAUCCUUACCUGUGGCACUACUUAAAAAAGAAAACAAUCUGAGGACUUUCAGGAUGCAACACACAACAGGAGAAUAGGGUAUGCAGAUGGCUCAUCAGGAUAUGCAUUGACAUUAGCAAGGUAGCACAUAAAAGAUGGGCUACUAGAUAAGAAAAAAGGGGUGCUAGUUUCACAGAGCUGAUUACCAAAAAAGAAGUUACCAGGACAGUCCUACCAUAAAUAUGAAGUAAAGCUAUGAAGUCAACAAGCCCAGGGCCAAUGGAGAAGUGAACAAGGUGAGCUAUGAAUUUUGGAAGUGAUGAUGCUUCUAAAGAGGAAGUACCUAGGAGACAACAAGGAAAAAAAAAAAGGAAAAAAAGAAACAUAAAGUGAAGCAGGUCAUGUGACCAGAGUUGUUUGUGAGAUUCCUGUCUAGCAGCACUUUGCUUGCAAAAGGGCUUGCAAAGGGCAGUAAACACUUGCACUCCUACUCAUCAUUACUUUUGAGGCUGUCCAGUAGGGACAGGAAAAAAGGAAAAUAAAAGUCUCACAGCAGUGCUUAGGAAGCAUUUAAGUGAGUAGAAAACCUGAGGAACCAAGUGAUUCCUUCUGUGGACAACUGAUACAAAAAGAGGACAGGGCUCUCCUUAAGUAAGCAAAAAUGUGAAGGAACUGAACAGGCCUCCAAGGGUUUUUCCCCUAGCAUUGCCCCUUCCCAAGACAUUACAGGAUUCAAGAGACUGUUUGAUGGUGCUCUGCCAAGGGAGCAAAGUGGGACCUGCAAUCUUUCAGUUGCCUUCCUGACAAGUUUCUUCCUCUGCAUAUUUGGACUGGACUGAAAGAGCUUCAGGAUCAAGGUCCUCUGAUCUGGUUAAACUUCAGAUAGCGAGGUUAUAAAUAAAACCUGAAGCCUGUAGCCCAGUGUGCUCAUUGUGGCCAUGAGCCAGGCUCUCCUGCCUCUAAAUAGACAGGUGUCAGGGGUCUGUUUUACAGGUUAUAUCAGCAGCUGGCCAUGAAAUUAGAUCUAAAUAGAAGAAGGCCCACCAAGAUUACUCUACUUCUGAUGAUAGGAAGUCUUGUCACCUUGUACCUGUGUGGACUAGGGCCACUGAGUGUCACCAUCGCUCCGUGGCUUGCUCUGCAAGAUGCCAUUUCUCCAGACAAAAAAUUCCUUUUCUAAAAUGGAUCGGAGCCAAAAAAAAAAAAAGGUAAUUGGGAUGAAAGUGGGCUGCUUCUUCCUGCAGAACCCAGAGCUGGGAAGAUCUGCAUCUAAAACGUCUCCACUGUGCAUCUUUGCAUGUGCCGUACACGACAUGGGCAGAAAACCUCCCAGGUACCACGGGCAGAAAACCUCCCAGGCACCAUCAUUACCUCUGUGUUCUGGCUGUUCAGCAAAGCUUGUUCCAGAUCUGGAGUCCAGCUCAGCCUGAGCUCCUGGGAUCCUGUCACCAUGGAGACUGAAAGUGAGCAGAACUCCAACUCCACCAGCGGGAGCUCCAGUUCUGGAGGAAGCACCCGUCCUCAGAUAUCACAGAUGUCUCUCUAUGAGCGACAGGCAGUACAGGCCCUGCAGGCACUCCAGAGGCAGCCCAAUGCAGCCCAGUACUUCCAUCAGUUUAUGCUCCAGCAGCAGUUUAACAGUGCCCAGCUUCACAGUCUGGCUGCUGUCCAGCAGGCUACAAUUGCAGCCAGUAGACAGGCCAGCUCGCCCAACACUAGCACCUCUCAACAAACCACCACCACCCAGGCUUCUUUGCAUGCUAACAGUGAUACUCAAGCUCAGCAUACGAAUGAGAUCAACCUAGCCACCACAUCAGCUGCUCAGCUGAUCAGUCGGUCACAGAGCGUGAGUUCCCCCAGCGCCACAACCCUGACACAGUCUGUGCUCCUUGGGAAUACCACCUCACCACCUCUCAACCAGUCACAGGCCCAGAUGUAUCUUCGGCCACAGCUGGGGAACCUGUUGCAGGUAAACCGGACCCUGGGUCGCAAUGUGCCUCUUGCCUCCCAACUCAUCCUGAUGCCCAACGGGGCUGUGGCUGCUGUCCAGCAGGAAGUACCACCCACUCAGUCUCCUGGGGUCCAUGCAGACACAGACCAGGUGCAGAACUUGGCUGUGAGGAGCCAGCAGACCUCCACCACUAACACCCAGCUCCAAGGCUCUGCUCAGAAGGCAGCUCUGCCAGGAAGCUCCCAGGCUUCAGGCUUACCACAGGCCACCAGCACAGGCCAGACCGUGGCAGUGGCUCAGGCCUCCUCUGGCACUGCUGGCCAGUCCCUCAACCUGAGCCAGGGAGCAACAGGCAGCAAUGGUGUCUCCGGGGGUGUGGUGGCAAGUGGUGGGAGCCAGACCUCAAUGGGAUUGAGCCAGACCUCCUCGGCAGGUGCUGCUGGCAGUUGCCAAAGGAAGGGCACAGGGGUGGUUCAGCCAUUACCAGUAGCGGCUGCCCAGGCUGUGACUGUCAGUCAGGGAAGCCAGACAGAGACAGAGAAUGCAGCCACAAAAAAGGGCGAAACGGACAGCAGCGGACAGCAAACAGUGGGCAUGAACCUGACCAGGACUGCUACACCAGCACCCAGUCAGACCUUGAUUAGCUCAGCAACGUAUACGCAGAUUCAGCCACACUCACUGAUCCAGCAGCAGCAGCAGAUCCAUCUGCAGAAGCAGGUGGUGAUCCAGCAGCAGAUAGCCAUUCAUCACCAGCAGCAGUUCCAGCACCGCCAGUCCCAGCUUCUCCACACAGCCACUCAUCUUCAACUGGCCCAACAGCAGCAACAGCAGCAAGCAGCAUCUCUGACCCAACAGCAGCAGCAAGCUCAGCCUCCACAGCAGCAGGCUCCACCUCAGAACCAGCAGCAGGCUCAGACCCUUGUGGUACAACCUAUGUUGCAGUCCCAACCCCAGCAUUUGCAGCUUCAGCAGGACAGUCCUUGCCAGCCAGCCACAAAGUCACCUGUUCCAAUUCAGUCAAAAUCUCUGGUCACCCCCAUCAAACCACCCCAGCUUGGGCCUGCCAAAAUGUCAGCAACACAGCAGCCUCCACCACACAUCCCAGUGCAGGUAGUGGGUACUCGGCAGCAGGGCUCAGGCCAAGCCCAAGCGCUGGGUUUGGCUCAGAUUGCUGCAGCAGUGCCGACAUCCCGGGGAAUGCCAGCUGUAGUCCAGCCUGUUUCCCAAACCCAUGCUGCUUCCCCAUCAUCAUCUUCAGCUCCAGCAUCCUCACAGGAAGCUCCCCCUCUCACCACAGGGGUGAAUUUGGCACAAGUUCAAGGCACAGCCCACAUGGUGAAGAGCCCAGCUUCCUCUCCAGUUGUGGCUCAGAUGCCAGCAGCAUUCUACAUGCAGUCUGUCCAGUUGCCAGGCAAAUCUCAGACCUUAGCAGUAAAGCGCAAGGCAGAGUCAGAGGAGGAGAAGGAGGAAUCACCCAAUGUCACUGCACUCCUGCCUGCCAGGUCCUCUCCUGUAACAGACAGCCCCAAAAACAUAGAGGAGAAGAGUGGCCUUGGAGAUAAUUCUGACACUGCUGCCAUUGCAACCCCAAAUACCACGUCAAGUGAAGGAGCAUCAGUUACCCCCACCUCUGCUUCCACCCCAAACCUGGCAAUGGUGUCACGUCAGAUGGGAGACUCCAAACCCCCACAAGCCAUCGUCAAGCCCCAGAUCCUCACACACAUCAUUGAAGGCUUUGUCAUCCAGGAAGGAGCAGAGCCCUUUCCAGUGGGUUGUUCUCAGCUGCUGAAAGAAUCUGAGAAACCACUGCAGGGAGAGGCUCCUUCUGGCCAGAAUGAAAACCUGUCCAGCAAUUCUCUGGGAGGGGACAGUGCUUCCAUGGAGCUUGAUAAGAAGGCAAACUUGUUGAAGUGUGAAUAUUGUGGGAAGUACGCCCCAGCAACCCAGUUCCGUGGCUCCAAGAGGUUUUGUUCCAUGACCUGUGCUAAAAGGUACAAUGUCAGCUGCAGCCAUCAGUUUCGGCUGCAGAGAAAGAAAAUGAAGGAAUUCCAGGAAGCUAACUAUGCUCGUGUGCGCCGACGGGGGCCACGGCGCAGCAGCUCCGAAAUUGCUCGAACAAAGAUCCAGGGCAAACGCCACAGGGGUCAGGAAGAUUCGAGUCGAGGCUCUGAUAACUCCAGCUAUGAUGAAGCCUUAUCCCCUACAUCUCCAGGACCCCUGUCAGUAAGGGCCAGUCAUGGAGAGAGGGACCUGGCAAACUCUAGUAUGGCCCCACCUACCCCAGAUCUACAUGGCAUCAACCCAGUCUUCCUGUCCAGCAAUCCUAGUCGUUGGAGUGUGGAGGAAGUGUACGAGUUCAUUGCAUCACUGCAAGGGUGCCAGGAGAUUGCUGAGGAGUUUCGGGCACAGGAAAUUGAUGGUCAGGCCCUGUUGCUUCUAAAGGAGGAACAUCUCAUGAGUGCCAUGAACAUCAAGCUGGGACCAGCUCUCAAGAUCUGUGCCAAGAUCAAUGUCCUCAAGGAGACCUAACAGCUCUGAAGCCAGAAGUCUCACGUUUGCUCUGAGCCCAGGGCAGCUGCCAGUUUUGGAGCAUCCUGCUGGGGCGGGGAAGAAUGGAACAGUCCCCUGUGGUCUUGCAUUCAAGAAGAAUGAGAAGGAAUUUAACUGAUUGAAACUGCCAUGCACAAGCCCAUGUCUCGCUCUCUUAAUGGUGCUACGAGGUUGGGGAGAACUGCCACCUGGGGCCUUUAAACAACUUCCCUUCUUACUUAUUUUGAAUAUGACUCCCCUAUAUACCACAUAAAGCUGUGAAGGGGAUCUCUUUCUGUCUUAAAAGACUUCUGAAAGGGAACUGCCCUCAUCUGUGUUUGCCGUGGCAGGUCUGAUAGAUAUUAGUUUUGAAUAUCACUGCCAGAACUUGAGGCAUAAGAGCUGGCCCCACAUGGACAUUGGGAGCACCUGUGCUUGGGGUUUCAUGAAAGGUAACUAGAAAAUUUUGAGUGACAAAGGUGGACAAAGAAGAAUUUGAGCAAAAGGGGCUGCUGCUUUUCCACUUUUAAAAAUACCUAGGCUGCUCAUGAACUGGGUUUAAUAGCCAUUCCAGCACACAUACCAAACUUGAAGGCCUGUGGCAAUAGGAGCUGUCGUGUCUUCACUCUGCAUGUCUACAGGAGACAGUAAAGCUAAAGUGUUGUGGCAGCUGUUCACUCCAGGUGCUUCUCUCAGAACCAGUCAGAGGAUUUUUCCUGAGUGCUCAUGACAAAGUGAUGGGAAAAUCAAAAGGGAGGGAGAUUGUCUAAUAUUAGGGAACCUUGCAGCACUAGGUUUGUCUUCCCAUUGUGCUAGGGCAUAAUUUACAGAUCCAAAGGAGUCUCCAGAAGCACCAAGGCUCUUUGUGAAAUAGGCUGGGUUUUUUUUUUGUUUGUUUGGGGUUUUUUUGUGUGCGUGUUUUCUUACCAGUUUGUAUUCUUUUGUCUGUCUUUAUUAUCCUCAGGAGAGCUUAUGGGACAAAGUUUAAGCUGGCAGGACUGUACUGCCUGCCUAAGGCUCUUUUUUUUUUGGUAUUAUAAAACAAAUAUUUCUCUUCCUCAGUUAAAAAACUGAACACACCCCACAACAACUGAAUACUAAUUGUUUAAUGUUACUUCUCAUUUCUGAAGGGUAGAAGUUAUGUUAUAGACCGAGUUCCUCCUGUUCAGCCCCUCCAGGUUUGGGUUUUGGCUUUUUUUUAUAUGUGGUAUUCUGAAGUUUUGUAACCAAAUUGCCAAAGGUGAAAAUCUGGGCAGAGUUCUCUUCCAGAAGCACCUCUGCUUCAAACAAACAGGCAAAAAACCUGAAGGAAUUACACAAACUAUGAAGAGGUAAGUGCCCUCUACAGCCAAAUACCUGAAAGCAAGAUGGUGUUAUAAACCAUGUGUCUUGGCUUUUCUGUUUUUAGAAGUUUCACAUGAGUAUUUGAGUGAAACAUAAGACUGUUCUGUGUGGAAAGCAUCUACUGUUGCAGAAAAGCUGUAGUGACAUGGGAGAAGGCCUAAUAGCAUAGGUAGGAAAACAUUAGAGAUCUUUGGAAUGGCCUCUUUAUUGACCCCUCUUAGAAAAAGAGAGGAAGGAAAGUGCUAGUAGAUGGAUAAAAUGUGGCAGCAGCUUCCUUGCAUUUUUAACUAUACUGUUGGAUCUCUUUCAUUACAUCCUUGUUCUUGGGAGAGAAGACUUCUGCGGCUUCAUGAAUGAAAAUAGGCCCAAAGAAAGUUGCCUAUGCUUGCUUGCACCCUGAUAACACUAUUUGGUCCAAUGUAAUCUGGGGGCAGGGAAGGAGGAGGUUAGAAUCAGCAAUCAGCAGAGGAAGUGUGCCCUUAAACCAUUUUAUCCUUAGCAGGCUGGGUGUGAUAGAACUCCUGUUCAGUUUGACCCUUGGCAGGGUGGGCAGACAGCUAGCCUGCCAGUGUUACUAGCUACUUCUGAGGACUGGAUUUUAUUUCAGUCAAAUGGGAAGGCUUCCCUUCUUCAUUUCAUGUUCACUGUUCUUAAUAAAAGGAUGCUUGAUCAGGCUUUGCACGUCUGGCUGCUUUUUAAUCCCCCUCCUGAACCUGAACAUUAA